CAUCCGUACGUGGCUGAGACUCACCCCCUUGGACACAGCUGCACAGAUCCCGGGCGGGUUGCACCUCUCCGGCAACUGGGCUCUCUGGGGCCAUGGAGGGCCAUGGGGCGGGACAUGGGGUGCCAGCGGCAGCACUGCUGGCAAUCCUGGCUUCGGCUCUGCUGAUCCCAGAGACCAGUUCCCUGCAGUGUCACAGCCACAGCUCCGUCCUGCUCCACGACCGGGGGGGUAAACGCCUCGACAGCGUCGUCACCCCCAAAGGCACCGAGUCCUGCACCCCGACCCACAGCGCCUGCAUGGAGGCUGCCGUCACCCUCAGAGCAGGGGGCAUGUCUGUGACUCUGAUCCAAAGGGGGUGCAGAGAUGGAAACCCCAAGGGAGGGACCGAACCCCCCGCUAGGCCCAGCAGAUUCCUCCACAUCCAGGCUGAUGUCCGCUACUGCCAGUCUGACCAGUGCAAUGCCAAGGGGCUGGACCUGGGGAGCCCUGGCCAGGGCACAGCUCCGGCCCCCAGCGGCCCCACCCAGUGCUACGCCGGCCUGAGCCUCGGCCCCCAGCCCCACACUCUGGAGCGGGUGACGUGCGACGGGGACGACACCCGCUGUUAUCACGGCAACGGCACCCUCACAGCAGGGAAGCUCACGGUGCCCAUCUUCAUGUGGAGCUGCCAGGCCCCAUCCUGCGCCAUGCCACCCAGCCGCCACUUCGGUCCCCUGCAGCUCAGCCAGGCUGGCGCCUGCUGCUCCGGCAGCUACUGCAACGGGCAGGGGGCCCUGGCACCGGUCUCCCUGGGCCACAAGAUCUCUUCGGGCCAUGUCCCCACCGGGAUACCCGGCUACAGCCUCCUCGCCCACGCCACGGCCAGGAAAGGCCACAAACACCCCGGGCGCAGCCACAGCACGGCAGCCACGGAGCUGCCCUACCUAGACCACACCGACUACAACGACAGCAUGGAUCUGCUCAACCCCAACUACGAGGGGGACACGCCCCACAGCACCCGCCCCCGCACGCGCCCCACCGAGCCUGGCAACAAAAACAGCUACCCCACAUCCACCGUCCGCCCCAGCCACAAGCACCCCAAUCCUCAGUCCCACAGCUCCCAGGCGCCCAGCCUACGCCUCUGCCCCCUACUAGUGGUGCUAGGGAUAGCCCUCGCGGGGCUGGGGGCCAGGACACCUGGGUCCUCUCUCCAGCUCUGGGAGGGGAGUGGGGUAUAAUGGGUUGGAGCGGGGGGGGGGCUGGGGGCCAGGACUCCUGGGUUCUCUCCCCAACUCUUAGUAGCUAUGAGGCAGUCACUCCGCCUCCUCCCGCCCCCACAUUGCAUGCCUCAGUUUCCCCACAUUUACAGGGAGGGCUCCCAGAGGUGGGGGGGGGGUUAAAUUCCCUCCCCCCCAUUCUCUCUCUUUAAUAAAGUCUCUUACCCACAAACCC